AUGCCACAAAGAUGUCAAUUAGGAUCAAUACUCAGUUAUGGAUCGGAAGGUACUGUAUAUUCUGGUUCAUGGUGUGGUAAAUCUGCCGCUAUCAAAGUAUUUUCAAAGCAUUAUGCUUGUCGUGCUGAAAAUGAAAUGAAACUUGUCACAGGUUUUAAUCAUAUUAAUAUUAUUAAAUAUUUUGAUUUUGAAUAUGAACAAGCAAACGCUUAUCUUACGAUGGAAUAUAUUACCGGUGGAAAUCUUUAUGAAUUUAUUCGAACAAAAUUUACUUCAGAUUCAUAUUGGACAAUCAUAUGUCAGAUUUUAAGUGAUAUUGCUCGAGGAAUGGUCUAUCUACAUGAUCGUAAUAUCGUUCAAGGAGAUUUGAAAAGUCAUAACAUUCUUUUACGAGAGGAAAUUCAUCAAGGUGUUAUUUGUGACUUUGGUAUUUCGAGAUCGCUUGAAAAUGACAGUGGAAUAAAGAAGCGAAACCAAACUGCUAAAGGAACAAUCCGAUGGAUGGCACCCGAAAUAUGUACUCCGCCGCCUGAACAAUCGUCAUUUGAAUCGGACGUGUGGAGUUAUGGUUGCAUAGUACUCGAAACUACUAGUGGUCGCGAACCUUGGAUCAAUCAAUUUAUUGAUGAUGCCAUGCUUUUUCGAGCUCUUCAACGUAAAGAAAAUGCACCUGUCUUUGCACGAAUCUGUGCUGAUGAAUCCGGUCCAUCGUAUAUUUGUAAGUUACUUAUUCAAUGCUGUGCUUGGUCAAAAGCUAAUCGGCCACGAUUUGUCAAUAUUCUAAAUUGUCUUGAAACUGUGCGUGACAAAGAUACAUUUCUUAAUGACAAUUUUGAUCAAAUGUCGAUCGAUAUACCCGUCUCGAAUGAUUUAUCAUAUUUCAAUGAAGAUUACACGAAAGAAUAUAAUGCACCAAAAUUCCAAGAAGACAAAAAAACAGACAUACGGCCAAUUCGUUCAUUACAAAGUGAACAAUUAAAUGAGCAUUCCAAGAAAUUGUUGCCAAGAUCAAAUCGAUCUCAAGAAGGACGUCUUACUGGAGAACUUUUUACUAGUAGAGGUAGUGCAAGUGGUCGACCUAUUUAUGAAGGUGUACGAGGUGGACGCUAUUAUUUAACAGAAAGUGGAUCUAAAAUUUAUUUGCAUAAAUAA